GGGAAUUCCCUGGUCAUGACCUAUCAACGUUUCCGUUUCUGAUCGCGCAUGACAAUAUUCUCAUAUUUUACGUCGAACAAAGCUCUAAUCGGGAGAGAAACUGUGCCGUCGAUCGUUCGAGCCCACUCCCCGCGUCUCGACGCUCAACACUCACUCAUCACGACGUAGUCGAGCGACAAAAUGCCAUCCGACCUGUCAAUAGAACACUGGCUCGACUCCAUCCACAUGAAGGACUACUUCCCUCUCUUUAUGGGCUACGAAGAGAUAGACUCUCUGUUCCAUCUGAAAGACCACGACUUGGAGAAGUUGGGCGUGCGACGCGCUGCCGACCGUCAGAAGAUGUUGAAGAGUCUGGCUACGCUUAUGGACACGGCCUAUCCGGGGAGAGAACGGACGGGGUCUAGAGCGACUGCACUGAGGAGAGGAAGUCGAUCUGGAUUGCAGACGAGCGUGGAAGAGCCGCAGAAAAUCAGCAGAUCAAACAGCUUCAAAGCAAAAGUUGGUGACUUUUUCAAGGGUAUCACCAAAGGUAAACGUUCUGGUGGGGAGGAGUCAAGGCUGGCAGAAAGGCCACCUGCGCCUAUUGAUAAUCGACACCUGUCUCCGGGUCUUACAGUCAAUACUCAAACUGGUAACAUUUCUCCAGCAUCGUCCACACACAGCAUUGAUGAUGCUGAGACAUACUUGAAUGCACAGCCGUGGUUUCAUGGUAUGAUUAUGAGGAAAGUGGCCGAUCGAGCACUUUCUGCUGAUGGCGACUUUCUUGUUCGUGAAAGCAUAUCGAAACCAGGAGAACACGUUCUAACUGCAAAAUGGGGUGGAAAGACAUUGCACUUUGUCAUAAACGUUGUUCGGUCAGCUACUGUUUCAGGCGGAGGUGGUAGUUUGUCAUCUAGAGAGGGAUCUCCUUUUCAUAAUCAUAUCAACACAAGUACUGGAUCUCUGAACGUUGGUGCAAUGAACAGACAACCUUUUGAGAAAGCGCUGUAUCGUUUUGAGAAGGAUGUUUUUCCAAGUAUUGUUGAGCUGAUCAACUUUUAUGAAGGGAAUCAGAAGCCGAUUUCUGGUCGUUCUGGAUGCGUUUUGAAGAGAGCUGUACCUCGUGAGAUUACAUCUCAUCGACCACCAAGUCCUCUUGCUGAUCAUAAAAUGAACUCGGAGCCAGGAACUCCUGUUUCAAAAUCUAGUCUUCGCAAAACGUUAUCAACCCAGAACGGAAGCACUGACCACGUAGAACCAGUUCCUGAAAAUCUGUCUCCAGUGUGUCAGUUGGAUCCUGAACUACAACGUCAUCUACCUGAUUUGGAUUAUGCUCGGAUGAUGUGUGCUACUGUGUUGAACACGGUGUCUGAUGAACUAGCACGGCAUCUGACUAGAGUUGACUUGUGUGCAGCAGAGUUGCUGGAAGGCGAUUGGGAUGACAAGGAAGGCUCUACUAGUGGUUCUAUGAGAAAGAAAGGAAAGAGGAGUUCUGUAGGUAGUGCAGGUGGGAUAGCAGGACUGGCAGCUGCAAAUCUACCUCAAGGCAAAGAGCUGGGACGGAUGCUUUUGGAAAGAUUCCAUAACGUGAGCAUGUGGGCGGCCGCUGUGGUUGUGGGUGCUGGCGACAUAGCCAAGCGGAAGAACGCACUGAAGAAGGUAAUAGAAAUGGCUCACCAUUUGCAGAGUGAUGGUUUGGUCAAUCUUCACAGUUUCAUGGCCGUAAUGCGAGGACUGGAAUUACCACAGGUGGUACGGCUGAAGCAGACGUGGGGACUUCUUCGUCGGAAUGAUGCAAGCACGGUAAAGUCUUACGAACAGAAGCUACAGCCAACAGCCGUGGCUGUUGCUGGAGGCAAUCCUCACAUGCAUUCAGUUGUAUGCUUGCCUUACCUGGAGCCAAUGCUCGAGAUGUUGCAGAAGACACCAGAAAAUGUUGACAGUCCCAGUGCAUGGGAGGCCGACCAGGAUGUUUUUGCUUUAGAUGCACUAAAUAACCACCUAUACAAUUGUCGCAGUUUGGCCAUCUCGUGUCCUAUGUAUUCUGAUGCAGGAUCGAAGAGGCUUCAUGGCCACAAGGUCAUACGAGACCUUCAUACAUACUUCAAGAGUGACUGGCAACAUAAUCUUUUGUCGUCCACAAUGAUCAAGACCAACAACUUCAAUGAGAAAAUAGAGAAAUUUCAGAUAAUGCUGACUGCUCUGAGUGAGUAUGCUGAACCAUCUCAAGGUUGAAUACCGGCCCGAUAAGUGAUAGCAUUGGCUUUAGUGUUUGGUAAUCGUAGUUGCGUCUUUGCGUUAGACAAGAUUAUCCGUUCUCGACUGACUGAUUUCCUUUCAAUUUUUUAUUUUAUGCUGUAAGUGACUCCUGUUGAAGUAAUUCUGAGUUUUACCCUAUUUUCAGUCGUGAAUCCUAACUUUGAGAAUAACAUUGAUGAGAUGAUAGUUACAUCAGGA